CAUGACGUUGAUUAUACGACGCGACGUUCCCUCUGAACCAACAGUAUUAUUCCACCAUCAGGAAACCUCUUUUCCAUUUCAAUUCGAUGGGAAAAGGUGGGGGCUGUGUUCCUAGCAAGAAAAAACUCCCCGAACCCACAACAAUAGUAGAUGAAUCCCCACCAGAUUCCACCUCCAACACCACGGCCGGACCAGACCCGUCCAAGAACCUCAGGCUUUUCAUAGUUUUUUACUCAAUGUACGGUCACGUGGAGGGCCUGGCCAGGCGUAUGAAGAUGGGUGUCGACGCCGUUGAUGGUGUCGAGGCGGAGCUGUUUCGGGUACCAGAGACGCUGCCUGAUGAUGUCCUGGCCCAAAUGCGGGCCCCUCCUAAGGACGAUUCGAUUCCGGUAAUCGGGUCCCCUGCAGACUUGGUGUCGGCGGAUGGGUUCUUGUUUGGGUUCCCAACGAGGUACGGGUGCAUGGCGGCCCAAAUGAAAGCUUUCUUUGAUUCGACUGGACAGUUGUGGAGGGAACAGAAACUAUCUGGGAAGCCCGCCGGAUUCUUUGUCAGCACCGGAACUCAAGGAGGUGGCCAAGAGACCACUGCAUGGACAGCAAUCACUCAGCUAGCUCAUCAUGGGAUGCUAUUUGUGCCCAUUGGGUAUACUUUUGGCGCUGGUAUGUUCAAAAUGGAUUCCAUUAGAGGGGGUUCUCCAUAUGGUGCUGGAGUCUUUGCUGGGGAUGGCACAAGAGAAGCAAGUGAAAUGGAGCUGGCCCUGGCAGAGCAUCAGGGUAAGUACAUGGCUGCUGUAAUCAAGAAGCUAGCUCGGGGUUGAAAAUGUUAGCUUUUCAAGUCAUUUGAACUUGGAUUCGUUAUAUUGGCUUUGACAUUUUUCCAUUUUCCUUCUUUUGGAUGGUCCCUUUAGUCGGUAGCUUUAUGGUUGACCUGCCUUUUCGUUCGUGAAAAAUGUGCAUAUUUUUUUGUGUUUUUUGACUGGUUACAGCAUAAUAAGUUGCGUGCCUAGAUUUGUUGCUUAUGUAUUGUUGACUCACUUGAUUCGAGGAAUAUAUCUGCUGCGGAAGACUUGACUAGUCAAAA